GUUAGCAUUCUGUCCUGGACGGCGGCGGAUGCUGCGCAUGCGCCUUCUUUUCACCGUGCAUCAAUGCUCUGAGAGCAGUUCAAGAGAGGGAGAGAGCCGAGCUUGCUUUUGGGGCUGCUCGCUGAAAUGCAUGGAGCGGAGCGGCAGAGAAACGCCAAGCACAAGGCCGAGGCUCAGCCGAGCACCAUGAAAGACGGAAAGGUAAAGUGCGACACGAUCCCGGAGCGAGUGACUCUCAAAAAAGAAAUAGGACUGCUGAGCGCCUGCACAAUCAUUAUAGGUAACAUCAUUGGCUCUGGGAUCUUCAUCUCUCCUAAAGGGGUCCUGGAGCAUUCAGGUUCUGUUGGAUUGGCACUGGUGGUAUGGACAUUAGGAGGGGGCAUCGCUGCUCUUGGCUCUCUCUGUUAUGCUGAACUUGGGGUCACCAUCCCUAAGUCAGGAGGAGACUACUCCUAUGUUACAGAGAUAUUUGGAGGCCUUGUUGGGUUCCUGCUUUUAUGGAGUGCAGUACUGAUCAUGUACCCAACUACUCUAGCUGUAAUAGCCCUCACUUUCUCAAACUAUGUCCUACAGCCAGCCUUUCAUAACUGCGUUCCUCCGUAUAUGGCCACACGAAUGCUCUCCACAGUCUGCAUAUUAUUUCUGACAUGGGUGAACUGCUUCAGUGUGCGUCUGGCUACACGUAUACAGGAUGUCUUCACUGUAGGGAAGCUGAUGGCCCUGAGCCUCAUUAUAGUGGUGGGGCUGCACCAGAUCUAUGAAGGUAAUUACGAGGGUCUUACACCACAACUAGCCUUUGAGUUUUAUAAGACACCAUCAGUGGGGCAGAUUGCUCUGGCAUUCCUUCAGGCCUCCUUUGCCUUUAGUGGCUGGAACUUUCUCAAUUACGUCACAGAAGAGAUUGUGGAUCCGAGGAGGAACCUUCCACGGGCUAUUUACAUCUCCAUUCCACUGGUGACCUUUGUGUACACGCUUACAAAUAUCGCCUACUUCUGCUCCAUGUCCCCGGAUGAGCUGUUGUCCUCCAAUGCUGUGGCUGUAACAUUUGGAGAGAAGCUGCUUGGAAUGUUCUCCACAAUCAUUCCCAUCUCCGUGGCACUCUCCACAUUCGGAGGCAUCAAUGGCUACCUCUUCACCUCAUCCAGACUUUGUUUCUCUGGUGCAAGAGAAGGACAUUUACCCAGCUUACUAGCUAUGAUUCACUUUAAGAGAUGUACCCCAAUUCCAGCCCUGCUUGUCUGUUGCACUGCCACGAUUGUCAUCAUGUGCAUUGGUGAAACACAUAACCUUAUAAACUAUGUGUCUUUCAUCAACUACCUCUCCUAUGGAGUCACUAUUGCUGGCUUGCUGUACUACAGAUGGAAGAAGCCAAACCUGUACAGGCCUAUCAAGGUGAGUUUGUUGGUUCCUGUGUGUUACCUCCUGUUCUGGGUCCUGCUGCUGGGCUUCAGUCUGCACUCGGAGCCUGUGGUCUGCGGAGUGGGACUGGUCAUCAUGCUCACUGGAGUACCUGUCUACUUUCUAGGAGUGCACUGGAAAGACAAGCCAAAGUGUAUCUAUAACUUCAUUGAGUGGGCCACGUAUCUGGGUCAGAGAGUGUUUUUUGUGGUUUUCCCUCAAGUUGACCCCAUUGAAGACAUAACACCAAUAGAAUGGACAGACAAGUCUUCUGCCAUUCGCAAGGCCUCUGGACCUGUUUGACUUUUAUAUUUUUGUUUGUUUAUUACCUUAAUUGUAUCAUGUUUUUUCUUAAACAUUAGUUGCCCUCUUAUUUUAAAGCUCCAAAAUAGGGUUCUUGGGUAAAUAUUCAAACACAAAUGUCUAUAAGCCUUGUAUAAUGUCUUUCUCUCCUUUUUUUUUUUUCUUCUUUUUUUUUUUGUAUCUACUAGUACACGUAAGUUAACGUCACUAUCUUAACACCUCAAGUGGACUUCCCAUAGAUGUACAUUUAAAUAUUUUUAAAAUAUUUCUAACAAUUUAUUUGAUAUAUUGCCUAUCAUCUUGUGUUUACUGUGCCUUACACGGAAAAGAUACACUGAAUACUUUAGUUUGUUUUAACUGGAUUAAUUCAGAAUUAUUACCUGAAGUGUUUAAGUGCCUUUGGGUCUUUCGCUAAUAGUUGCCUGUCUAUAAACAUAAAAUACAUAACAUACAGUUAUGUACAUACAGUUGUGCUCAAAUAUUUAUAUACCCCUUGCAGAACCUGCUAAAUGUUAAUAACUUAUAUAUAUAAAGGUGGAUUAUUAAAAUUGCAUGUUGUUUUUUAUUUAGUUC